GGACCCAACCCAACCGACUUUUCAACCCAAUAACAAGAUACUGGAACACAACACAACCCUAUUUUGCUUCGUUGCCGCCCAAACCUAGCGGCGGCGAUGGGCUGCGUUUCCGUUCCCAUCAUCGCCGCCUCAUGAGAUUCACACCCUCCUCCGCCGCCGGCACUUUCUCUCUCUUCACCAGCAAUUUUCAUCUCUCACCGAUCAGAUCAUUCAUGGCCACCGCCUCCUCACAUUCUCUCUCUUCACUUCCCGCAAAAGACCUCGCCGAUUGUGGUUUGGGUACUCCGAGUCGGUACUUGAGCGGGGAGUCAAGGAUCGAGCGAGCCUGGGCUCACUGGAAGAAGCUGGGCGAACCUAAGAUGAUUGUGGCCCCCAUGGUUGAUAACUCGGAGCUUCCUUUUCGAAUGCUGUGCCGCAAGUAUGGAGCUCAAGCUGCUUAUACUCCUAUGCUUCACUCUCGCAUCUUCACUGAGAGUGAGAAGUAUCGUUCUGAAGAAUUCACCACCUGCAAGGAGGAUCGCCCACUAUUUGUCCAAUUCUGUGCAAAUGAUCCAGAUACUUUGUUGAAAGCCGCACGAAGAGUGGAACCUUAUUGUGAUUAUGUUGAUAUAAAUUUGGGGUGUCCUCAACAUAUUGCUCGGCGGGGGAACUAUGGAGCUUUCCUAAUGGAUAAUCUUCCUCUCAUUAAGUCCCUGGUAGAAAAAUUGGUUUUCAACCUUAAUGUCCCAGUAUCAUGCAAAAUUCGCAUUUUCCCUGAUUUACAAGAUACCAUAAACUAUGCCAGGAUGUUGGAGGAUGCAGGUUGCUCUCUCUUAGCCGUUCAUGGCCGUACAAGAGAUGAAAAAGAUGGGAAGAAAUUCCGGGCCGACUGGAGUGCCAUUAGGGCCGUCAAAAGCGCCGUCAGAAUUCCCGUCCUUGCCAAUGGGAAUAUAAGACACAUUGAUGAUGCCGAGAACUGUUUGAAAGAGACAGGUGCUGAUGGGGUACUCUCGGCAGAGUCUCUCCUUGGAAAUCCAGCUCUCUUUGCCGGGUUUCGAACUGCUGAAUGGGUAUUAGGCGGCGAAGAAAGCAACGAAGAUCGAACACUAGAUCAACCUGAUUUAUUGAUAGAAUAUUUGAUGCUUUGUGAGGAAUAUCCCGUACCUUGGAGAAUGAUCCGUUCUCAUGUGUACAAGCUGCUGGGAGAGUGGUUCCGGAUUCAUCCUCAUAUAAGAGAGGACUUCAAUGCGCAAUCCAAACUCACUUUUGAAUAUCUUUAUGACAUGGUCAAUCGGCUGAGAGAGCUGGGUGCAAGUAUACCGCUUUACAUGAAAGAUUCUCAUGUACGAAGAGUAUCCGCAAAUGGGAUUGGUGCUUGAAUUGCAUGCUUGCAGUCAACUGAGUUCCGAACGAAUUAGCUCCCGUUUACACUUAAAUCGCUCAUCAUUCUUUCAGUACAAGUCUCUGCUUGUCGAACUAAUUGAUACUGAGCAAAUCAAACGAAGCUGCCAGAGGGUGUAUGAGCAAAAAAAGAACAGACACUUUAUUAUAUCUAUGAUCUAUCCACUUUCUUUGCGGUGAUUAAUUCUUGGAAGCUCUGGUCACUCUCUUUCGAGCUUCAGUUUUUGAGGCAAUUACUAACAUUUUUCUUUCCUACACAAUGAGGAGUUUUGUAUUGUUAGUGUUCAAUAUUGAAGUCAUGGUACGUCCUUAAAGUUGGCCAUAGUUUGUUUUACACAGUUUGGCUACUGAGAAGCACACCACAGGGAUAGGGCGUGUAUUUUAAAUGUUUCUUUUGGCCCCAGUUCGAAGGUGUUUUUUUGGUUUUUUUUCAGAAACCUCUCAUCUCUAGUGAAUUUUGUUCAUCCUCCA